CAGAAACCAGCGACUCUGGGUCAGUCUUGACCCUCCAGCCAGACAGACGAAAGGGGACCCACAAACCCCCAGACCCCAAACCCCUAAUACGGAGAACAUGCUGCUGUUCCGGGCCGCCAGCCUAUUGCCCCUUCUCUGUUUCACAGUCGGGGCCUUUCCCUUUAUGGAUGAAGAAGGGUCGGGCUCUUUUGCCCAGGAGGUGCUACAUAGCAGAUCCUACCCCCUCGCUAAUGCCCACCGUGGACCUUUCGUGGACCUGCCACUAUUCCGACAGAACAGGAGGAAAAUCUCCCAGAAUUUCAUCCUGCACUCGGAUCCCAGGGAGCACAUGGAUGAGGAGGCGCUGAGGAGGAAGCUGGUGUGGGAGAGCGCCAUCCGGAGGGAGAAGAUGAGAUCCCACCCAGACCAGGUGCUGCCUAUUGGGCAAGAUGCCUUGAAACGGUCUCGAUGCCACGCCUUGCCUUUUAUACAGAAUGUGUUCAGGAAGAACUGCUUCCCGGUGCGCCUCCCUAACAAGUUCUGCUUUGGCCAGUGCAACUCCUUCUACGUGCCAGGUUGGCCAGCCGGACUCUCGCAGCCCUGCACUUCCUGCGCCCCCAGCCGAUCCCGACGCAUUUCACUGCCGCUACGCUGUCGCGCCGGGCACCUCGCUUGGCAGGAAGUGGAGCUCGUAGAAGAGUGCGAAUGCGAAACCCGCUACGACAGGAAUACCGUGGAGCCAGCUGGCAGCGGAGAGGGCUUCCUGCCCGUGUCUUAGCGCCCCAACCCCACUAAAUGUGACCAAAUGGACCCAACUAUAUGUGACGCGGGGCCUCUGCGCCCCCAGAAUCUUUACCCCCCCUCGACCGGCGCCCCUUAACCAAAGCAGGGAAAGUGCCAACGACUUGACGACUUUAUUUAAAAUGAACAGUUCUGACCGACGGCUAAUUAUAUACGCUUGUCUAGAUUUCCCAGAAUUCCUAGGGCAAGCCUGUGACCAAGCCCCCCCCCUUAUUGGGCGGCUGUUAUAGUGAUUGAACAUGGCGGAACUCAUUGCGUUCUGCCUCUUUAUUGUACCCGGGAGACUGGUCUCUCUGCCAUAUUGUGCCGUGUAUGAGGGCUGUGCCCGUCCUACCUUUGUAUUUAUACAAGAGAUGGUUUUAUUAUUAGUGUAUUGUCUGUGCCAAUCCGGGAGUAGCUUCCCAAUAUCCAGCCAUUUCACUGGUUCACUUCCUGUCCCUUAAUGUAAUAGGAAGUGCAGUGCAAUAGCGCCCCCCCAGGUUGAAAUGAACCAGGAAAGCCUGUGUUUUAUGUCAAAUUUUAGGGAUUGGUGUGACUGAUGGGGCAUGCUGGGAGAUCUGCACCUACCCUAAUAUCCCAGUUGGAAGCUGAUAGGGGUCCCGGGGGCCCCUAAGUAGUUACACUACUGCAGAAAGGAUUCAUGCCAAGGGUUCCCAGCCAAUCAGCUCCUGCCCUGGCACUUCCAAACGAACUUUCUUCAAUUAAAUGAGCACAGAGACUCGUUUGUACCCUUUUUAUUUAUUGAUGCCUGCUAGAUAAUUGCCCCCCCUGGUGUUCUGUUCUCUUGAUGCCCCUGAUUGUCGGGGCCCACUGUAGCUGGGGGCACCCAUCAAUAUUUUACUGCCCCCCCUCCCUGUGGAGGAGAAAAUGGAAAUGGAAAAUCCAUGCAAAGGCCCCCAUGGUCAUUUUUAAUUUAAUAUUUAAAGGGGAACUGACAUUUUAAGUGCCCCCUAUGCACUUCAGCAAGGCCCCCAGUGCUCCCAGUCUCCUCUUGGCAUCAGACCGUAACACAAGCUUCCUGUUCUAGGGUUGCCCCCCCUUAGUCCCGGGCACAUACGAGAUUCACAUAGGGUAUUUUUAAGAUGCAUUCUGCAUGGCUGCACAGAAACCAGUACGUGCGGCGUGCAUCUAAACAAACGGCUAAUUAGCCCUGCAUGUCAAUUAGAACCUUGUGGCUUCCUUUAUAUAUACCCAAUAGGCAUUAGGGUGUUGAAAGGAGGCAGCUGCAACUGAUAACCACUUCUACUACAACUCCCAGCAUCCCCUUGCAGGCAUGUUGUGAGUUAUAGUGUGUGUAUAUAUAAUAUAUAUUGGCUUGAUAUACCCCCUGUUGGAGAAUGUAAGGAUAUUUGAAGCCAUUGAGGGGUUCCAUGACCUCACCCUCUGUGACUUCUAAUCCGCAGGCCUCAGGGAGUCAUGUGACCAAGCAGGAGUUUAGUAACUGUGCCUCCGAUGUACAUAGAAGCUGUAAAUAUAAUUUCCUACAUUUUCUGCUCUGUCUCACGCCAUUGUUUUUAAAUAAAAUACCUCUUUUUUUUACAUAAA